UUUAUUUAAAGGCUAUUUUAACUCGAAUUAAAUCGAUUUUUCGUCACGUGUUGCCACAUUACGUGUAAUAAAACAUAAGGUGUUAUAAACAAAAGAAAAAUUAUUUGAUUCGUGACUGUAUUAUAUUUAUUUGAUUGCAUUCGAGUUUAUUGUUUUAUUUACAGACAGUUGGCUCGUAUAUAAUUAUCAAUUAAACCCCUCAUUCUGAGCCCUUAGACUAACAUAAAAUGUAUUUGUCUUUUUAAUUAAAAAAAUAAUAAUAAUAAAUUGGCAUUUGGUAAAUGUGUGCGAUUAUGUCAAGGUUGUUUGUGUAAGUCCUAACAGUAGGCUGAACCAAUGGGCACAGUCUGUUUAAGAAGUUGGGCUGUGUGACGAAAUAGUGGGAUGCUAUUCAUGCGCGCUGCCCGGGGGAAAGGUGUUCCGGUCGGGAAAAAAAAAGCCACAGAGGAAGAAGAAAGGGGGAGGAAGGGAAAAAUUUGGAAAGAAAGGAACUGUACGUUGAACAUUUUAGCGCAGUUUUCCGGCGUAGAGUGCGCAGUGCGUGUUUAUCUCCGCGAAUAUGUUUGGGUGAGCGAUACGCGAACUUCCUCCCUUCGAUUCGCUGCAGCUGGGUUUUUAAUUGUUACACGCUUUUGAAGACUUCCACUUCUGGGGAAUAAUGGUCAUUUUCUUUCAAACUGGACUGGGCAAAGUGGAAAUCCUGCGGGACAACAGGAAGCUUUGAUCUGCCUUGUACCUUUUUUUACUGAGGAAUAAACGCUUUUGAGUUCUCGGAUACGGACGGCUCAUUUAUCCGCACAGAGAAACGUUUGCUUUUUUGAAAGCCGCUAGUUGAGUCAGAAAGGGGCCGUGGUGUAUCCCAUAACCUGUGUUUUUAACUCCAACGCAAUCAAAGGAAACCGCGUUGGAAUUUAUUCAGUAUUCAGACUCCGUUCUUAUUUUUUAAACAACCGGCAGCGCCGUUUAGAUAAAUCCACAGAGACAAAGAACCAAGUGGUAAUUAUAAGACUUGCUAGUGGUUCCGACAACAGUGGAUCAGUGUUGCGGAUGUGGCUGCGAGACUUCAGCGUUUGAAUGGAUCGGUUCUGCGCGAGUCUGGGAGCGGAAUUCAAGGCUCUUUGAAACCUGACGGUAGUUUUCACACGUUCGUUUGCUCACUGCCGAAGACAAGGCCACAAGUAGCUGCAAAAAGUAUCGCAAACAAAUGGAUGAACAUGCUCCUGUUCACACGCAUGUCCAGCAAAUUCAUCACAAGCAAACAGUUUGGAGACAAACCGUUUGUUUUCAAGUCUAACUAGUAAGACAUGUAGCCUGCGGAAAAUGUCAUAGUGUUUUUAUUUAUCUUCAAAGUCAAAUAUUUAUUUUUUUAGAACAUCAGAAAGUAUUAGUUUUUAACACAUAGGUUUUUCGUGUGUGGAUUUGUUUUUUAUAGUUAUUUUGUUAUAACCUUUGGUUGUCACAUAUCUUUUGUUCUGUUAUCUCAUCUGCUGUUGAAACACUUGAAUGGUGCUUGUGCCCACACUGUAUUUCACUGUAUUUAUUUAGUACACUAUUUAAACUGUAGCUGUUUUCAGGUGGCCUCUAAGAGAAAUUCAAUUAGUACUUCAUAUUUUAUAUCAUAGUUGAGUGUAUUAUUAAAACAACAAUGGAACGUCUUGGCAGCAAACUCAAGCAAAAGCUCAAACUGAGUGACUCUGGAAGUGUCAAAUUCAGCAAAAAGAAAAACGACUUGGCCAAUGCAAAUAACAACAGUAACAGCAACAAUGCCAAUAAUGGGACCCUGGCGCAGAACAGCGCACCCGUGAGCACGCCUCACUUCCCGCUCUCCUGUUCCACCUCUAUAGAGGUGUGUGGCCAGUCAGCUGGAAGACCUGGCAAAGUGGCCACUUCUCAGAGGAUCGCACCCGCGAAUACCACCUCGGCCACGGUUCCUGAGGAUUGCGGGCCUGGGAUUGAACAUCACCCAUCUACUCUUGCCCCUCUGCGGCGUCGGUCGCCCCAGCAGCGAGCAUCGUGCUACUUACCAGAAGCGGUGGAACGGGGCAACUCGCCCAGAGGUGAAGGUGACCCACAGGGGGCGUACAGCCCGAAUUCUCGCGCGGCCUUGAAGCAGCGGCGUUAUUCUUUGGAACUCCAGCAGCUCGUUCGCCGCCAGCAGCUUCUCGCCCAGCCUCCUCCGCUGUCGUCCGUCCCACCUCCGUAUCCAACACACAGCUCAGCAGCCCGUUCGUCUGCUGUAGAGCCCAGCUUCCUCCAUGAUUUAGAGCGCCACAAGCGCUUGUCUCUGCAAGAAGCUCUGUUCUACAAGCGUUUGAGCUCGGGUGGUGAACCUUGGGACAGCGUGCGCCCUGCUUCCCUCUCGCACCCCCCGCAGAGGACCCAUGACAGUGGCAUAGGGGGAUUCUUCUUCCCCCCUGCACCAGCGUUGAGCCCCUGUUCCUCUUUUAGCUUACAGGAGUCCGUGUUGGCAAGCCCUCGCUCCAGUUUUGCGAGCAGUACCGCUAGCGGAGGAGGCGGAGGCGGCGGGAGUCCCAUGGGAAGUCGGUGCAGCAGUAACCGGACCAGCGGCAUUAGUUUGGGCUAUGACACCCGUCAUACACCUGGGCCUGCCCAGCAGCUCCAGCUCUCCUCGACCCAACUUGGUGGCGCCACCUCGGGUCAAGCGUACCCCGUACAGGUGUCUGGGAAAACAGGAGCGCCCCCUAUGGAGGUUUGGAGGGACUGUCUCGAAGGGGUGUCGGGAGUUGGAGGAAGUGCACACGACAGCCGUCACUCAUAUCCGCCCGCACUAAGCACACACACAGUCACCUUCCACCGAGCAGAACCAGAAUGGGGUCCCACUGACCAGCGGGGAUCAAGAGGUGACGGUGUGGGUGAGAGGGCGCGACACUCCGACUUGCUAGGAACCCGAUACCAGCAGGAGCUCACCCGCCUGCUAUUGAGAGAUGCUGCCCUGGAAGGAGAAGCGUUACUUGGAGGCCUGACUUUAAAAGAACACCCCGUGUCUGCCACCAUUCUACCCAGCUCUGUAUCUACUCCAGCCCCAGUCGGAGCUCCAGGGAAAUCCCUGGAAGAACAGUCGGCUGGAAGGGAGUCAGUGUCAUCUGUGGACAGACAGGAGUACUUCGGUACAUGUGUGAAGUGCAGUAAAGGUGUAUAUGGUGCCGAUAAUGCUUGCCAGGCUCUGGACAGCCUCUAUCACACCCGCUGCUUCACAUGCGUUUCCUGCGGGCGAACGCUCCGCAACAAGGACUUUUACAAUGUCAGUGGCUCGGUUUACUGUAAGGAGGAUUACAUGUUCUCAGGCUUCCAGGAGGCAGCUGAGAAGUGCAGUGUUUGUGGUCACCUCAUCUUGGAGCAGAUCCUGCAGGCUCUAGGGAACUCCUAUCACCCUGGAUGUUUCCGCUGUACGGUCUGCUCAAAGGCUUUGGACGGGGUGCCAUUCACAGUAGACUACCUCAACAAUGUCUACUGCGUCUCUGACUACAACAGGACAUUUGCUCCCAAAUGCGCUGCCUGUUUACAACCCAUCUUACCUGCUGAGGACAGUGAGGAGAUCCUCAGGGUGGUGUCAAUGAACAAAGAUUAUCACUUUGAGUGUUAUCACUGUGAGGAGUGUGGGAAGCAGCUCUCCGAUGAGCCUGGAUCUCAGUGCUUCCCUCUGGAUUCCCACCUCCUCUGCCACUCUUGCCACAUGACCAGGGUGUGCGUCACACAUAACCUUCCCCCUCACAACACACACUGAAAUUAGAACUAAUCUGCCUGACCAACUACUUUGUACUCUCACAUGCACACUAGUGACCACUGUAAAUUGUUGUCUUUCUAAUGUUCCUCUUCUAUGCCAGCUCUAUUUUUUGAAGAUAGCGAGAGGGGAGAAAACAUGUUUUCUCUUACUGAGAGUUGAGGUCAUAAUACAUUUCAAAUGCAAAUCCCAGUACUGGUACAAACUGUAUCACCCCCUAGUGGCUGGGAAAUGCAGCAACUGAAUCCUGCUGAACAGAAUAUUUCUACACAAGUUCUGAGUUUUAAGAUUAUUGUUGCCUGCUUAUUUUAUUGCUAGUGGGAGUUGAAUUAUCACAGAACACUGUUUUACUCCCAUAUCUACUGUUUGCUGUAGGGGAAAAAGAAACAAGGGAUUUUUUUUUUUUUUUGCUUAACAUUUUUCUAUAUUUAAUAUCACUAGCAAAGAUUUUGCACUUAAACAUGUUUACCUAUUAAGAGAUUUUUUUUUAAAUAAAGUGAUUGCAAAAAGAUUAAAAACAUUCCUGUAUCUGUUUUAAUAAAUAAAUCCUUCCGUGUAUGAAUUAGUGUUCGUUUCUUGUAUAAUUCAUACAUUCAAUUGAAAAAUCGAAUACUGACAACUUAUGUUUUCAUGAGAAAGCACCUAUCACGACUUAAAUCUUUCUCAAACAUACGUAAUGUGUGUGUGUAUAUAUAUAUAUACACACACACACGUAAUCAGUUUAAGCUUGUUAAAACUUCAAAAAAGUGCUAGAGAAUCUUUCAUGACCUCCCCAUAUAUUUAAUACACAAUCUUCAGUCAAUUCGAUGUUGCAUUCACUCCAAAUUCUGCUAGUUAUUGCUGCAAUUAUUCUUAGCAUUUAAAGAAAACACAACACAAAAGACAAUUUCCUUCAGUUUGUUUUAUUAUUCUUUGUACAUUCUGCACAUUCAUAAAGAAAAUAAUCCAAAAAGAGAAUCUUUUGAAAUAUAUCUUCAAAACUACAACAUUAAAAUAAUUUUAAAAGGCCUCUUGCUAUCUUCUCUAUAAAGGUUAAAUUUAUACCUUGUCUGAUUCACAGAGAGGAACAGUAAACAACUUCAUAAGACCAGGUGGGGGGGGGGGAAAUAAGAGAACAGAUGUGGGUGGAGAUGAAAAUCUAACAAAUGAAUCUACAGUGUGGUUUAUAACAUUGGAUUUCAGUAGUCAUUUUAAUAAUCUUACAAAAAAAAAAAAAAAAAAAAACCUCAGUGAGAUCAGUGUCGACAGCAGGACUGGCUCUUUAA